CUAUUCUUCUCAUUACACAACAGGUGACAGGUUUAUUCGGGUGAUCUAAGACUACAGCUGAGACUCACUCAUCGGUUUAAAGAGGGGAAGAGCAAUGGCUUCAUUAACUUCACAAAAACAAACUCUGUCAGAAGAGAUCCAGUGUUCGAUCUGCCUGGAUUUGUUCACUGAUCCAGUCAGCACUCCAUGUGGACACAACUUCUGUAAGAGCUGCCUGAACCAGUGCUGGAACAACAGUCAGACCUACAGCUGUCCAUUCUGUAAAGAAACAUUCAGUAAAAGACCUGACCUCGAGAUCAACACAGCACCCAGACAGAAUAAAUCUGAGGUUCUCUGUGAUAUCUGUGAUGUUAUUAAGAUGGAAGCGCUGAAGAUGUGUCUGGUGUGUCAGAGCUCUUACUGUGAAACUCACCUGGAGCCUCAUCAAAGAGUCGCACAUUUAAAGAAACACAAACUGAUCGAUCCCCGGGAAGAUCUUGAGGACUAUAUCUGUCAGAAACAUGAGAAACCUCUGGAGCUGUUCUGUAGAGAUGAUCAGACAUGUGUGUGCUUGCUUUGUGCUGUAACAAAUCACAGGAAUCACAACACUGUUGCUGUAGAGGAGGAGAGCAGAGCCAGAUGGACCAAGUUGGAGGACAUGCAGACAGACGUGCAGCAGAUGAUCCAGGAGAGAAUGAAUAAAAUUCAAGACAUCAAACACUCAGCAGAACUAAAAAAAACAGCGUCAGAAAAAGAGAAAGCGGACAGUACUGAGCUCUUCACUGAUCUGAUGCGCUCCAUUGAGAGAUGUCAGUCUGAGCUGCUGGAGAUGAUGGAGCAGAAGCAGAAAGCAGCAGAGAAGCAGGCUGAGGAGCUGGUUAAAGAGCUGGAGCAGGAGAUCACUGAGCUACAGAGGAGAGACACUGAGCUGGGGCAGCUCUCUCAAACUGAGGAUCAUCUGCGCUUCCUACAGAUUUACCCAUCGCUGAUCAGACCUACAUACACCAGCAGCUGGUCUCAGAUCAGUAUUAGUGAAACUCAGCUGAGUGUGACGACUCUGAGGAAAGCUCUGAUUCAGCUGCAGGAGACUCUAGACGAGAAACUCAGCAAGUCUGUGAUAAAGAGGAUGCAACAAUAUGCAGUGGAUGUGACUCUGGAUCCUGAUACAGCUUUUCCAAAACUCAUUCUAUCUGAUGAUAGAAAACAAGUGACAAGUGCAGACUUUGAUAUUGUACUCAGAGAUAACCCAGAACGGUUUAAUUUUUGUUCCCUUGUCCUGGCAAAAGAGGGUUUCAGCUCAGGAAGAUUUUAUUUUGAAGUGCAGGUAAAGGGAAAGACUGACUGGGAUUUAGGAGUGGCCAGAGAAACCAUUAACAGGAAGGGAAUGAUCUCAGAGUGUCCUGAGAAUGGAUAUUGGGCUAUAGUUAUGAGGGAUGGGUAUCAGUACAGAGCUCGUGAAUCUCCCUCUGUCCCUCUGUCUCUGAAAGUGAAGCCUCAGGUCGUAGGUGUGUUUGUGGAUUAUGAGGAGGGUCUGGUCUCCUUUUAUGAUGUGGAAUCUAGAUCUCAUAUGUAUUCUUUCACUGGUCAGUCUUUCACUGAGAAACUCUACCCACUGUUUAGCCCGGAUAGUAAAAAGGAAGGCAAAAAUUUAGAUCCACUGAUCAUUUUACGUGUCAGUUAAAAUUACAAUUAAAACAUGAAACUUUAAAUUAAAGCUGGGAUAAUAACAGUAGAGAAACCAAAUAGAACCCCCAAAUAGAAAAUUGGGGUGCUGGAAGAAUGAUGGAGGAACAAUGGUGGGUCGGCUGUAUAUACUCUAUAUAUGUUAUGAUCUAAUGGAUAUAUGUAUGUACUCAUAGUGAUGGCAUUUUUCUAAGAAUUAAAAAUAACCUAAUUUGGAAAACAUUGCAACUAAGGCCCCACUGGAACAACCCUGAUCGCAACACACAGCUAUGUGUGGGCAAAAAGAUGAAGAAACGCAUUCAAAACACAACACUUCCCCCAUUUGUCUCAUUUUCAAUAAAUUAAAAAUACUGAGAUUCAAA